CCGCAAUUUCAUAUUUUAGGAUAUUUUUGCAUGCAACAUGACUCACGUAUCUACGAAUGUAUGUAUGUAUGUUACAUCUAGCAAGCCAUCUGAUCUAUGCACAUUAAUUCCAAAAUUAAUUAAAUAAACCUUCCCAUUGCAUCCAUGAGAGCUUCCUACCACCACCACCACCUGUAACGGAGGAGCUGAGGAUCAACAACCUAAUAACGUAACUGUCCACCGCCAUUAUCUAUCGUAUCAUAUCCGGCCGGCCACCAUGGCCUUCUUCUCGUCCGACGACUCAGGAAGGCAAACCCUCUUCGUGUUGACGUUGAUCCUCCUCUGGUACUCCUCCAAUAUCGGCGUUCUUCUCCUCAACAAAUAUCUCCUAUCCAAUUAUGGCUUCGCCUUCCCAAUCUUCCUCACCAUGUGCCACAUGACAGCCUGCGCGUUCCUCAGCUACGUCUCCAUUGUCUUCCUCAAGCUCGUCAAUUUCCAGCAUAUCAAGUCCCGCUCCCAGUUCCUCCGCAUCUCCACCCUCAGCGUCGUCUUCUGCGCCUCCGUCGUCGGCGGCAACAUUUCCCUUCGCUACCUCCCUGUCUCCUUCAACCAGGCCAUCGGAGCCACCACGCCUUUUUUCACCGCUCUCUUCGCCUACCUUAUCACUAGUAAGAGGGAGGCCUGGGUCACCUACACCGCCCUCGUCCCCGUCGUCGCCGGCGUUGUCAUCGCCACCGGAGGUGAGCCGAGCUUCCAUUUGUAUGGGUUUAUCAUGUGCAUAGGAUCAACUUCUGCAAGAGCUUUCAAGUCUGUUCUUCAGGGUGUUCUCCUUUCCUCUGAAGAGGAAAAGCUCAACUCCAUGAACCUGCUUCUUUACAUGUCACCAAUUGCAGUUCUGGUCCUAUUGCCUGCAACACUUGUGAUGGAGCACAACGUGAUAGAUGUCAUUCAAUCAGUCGCGGAGAACCACAGACAUCUGUGGUUGCUUCUUUUGGUAAAUUCCACAAUGGCAUAUGGAGCCAACCUGUUAAACUUUCUGGUCACCAAGCAUACAAGUGCACUAACACUCCAGGUCUUAGGCAAUGCAAAAGGUGCAGUUGCUGUUGUGAUCUCAAUACUUAUUUUCCAAAACCCUGUAACCUUCAUAGGAAUUGCAGGCUAUACAAUUACAGUUAUGGGGGUCGUUGCUUAUGGAGAAGCCAAGAGGAGGUACAGUUAAAGCGUAAUCCCUCCUAGCUCCUUGUAGGGUUAUAUAGGUUAAACUACAGGUGGAGGAAAA